AUGGCAAGCGGAUCGGAGAAGACGCAGGUCCUCGAGAAGAGCGCCAAGGUUCAAUCGAGCGAAGUGCUGCGGCGUCUGUGCCUCAACCUCUCCGAGUUUCUCCUCGUCGCGAUCUUUGUCUCGUGCGUCGCGCUUCUUUACUCGACAGGACUCUGGACGCGACAGGUGACGCGCGUAUCGCUGCCAUCGAACGACUGGUCUCUCGUCGAUGCCAACUGCAGUCUAUCGUCCGCGGGGUUUUCGUCCCAAACGUGCGUCAACACUCGCCGCUUGACGACGACUAGUGACGCCAUUGGCCGUGCGCUUGCGGCAGCGGUGCUUUCAUCCCACGCCUCCUCUCUGCAAGUGACAACGUGUGCGGCGGGCACAAACUUUGGAUAUGGCACAAUUGUGUUUUUGAUGACGCCGUUGUCGUCACACAUUGACUGCACUGCCCAACCCGACGCCAACCUUGUUCACGGCAUGGCCGUCCUCGAGACGGCAUUCAACAAUACGACACCCGUCUUCCUCCUCUCUACGUACUUGGACACGGUGGCGCCAACGACCGAGGUACGUAUCGACACGUCGGGCGACACGACCGUGGUCGCUUCCAAGGUCAUCACGACGCUCGUGGCCGAGGACGGGUUACUAUCGACGCCAGCCACUCGCAAUCACAGCACGUGGUCAUUUGCGUCUGCGCCACUUGGCGCGCGCUACCGCUUCACAUUUGCGUGCGUCACGGAGUUCGUGCUCUGUCCAGCGGCGAGCGACCGCUGUACGGGGCGGGCGUCCAAGCAAUCGGUGCAGGUCGCGCAGACCUGCACGCACGAGAUGACGAACGCGCUUGAGAUAUCGAUUGCACAAGCCGUGCUUAUUCCGCUGACUUUGCACUUGGUGAACGGCGACUUUUUGACGACGCUCAUUGGUCUCCAAGGCGCGCUGCGUCGCCAGCCAGUGCUCACAUUCGACUUUCUCUCGGGGCUCGAGCGGCGAAAGAUCGCGUUCGUACUCCUCCUCCUCGUGCGCCUUCCAGCGCUGGGCUACGUCGAAGUCACGCGUCUGUACCUUGCCACGCCGUUGGGCAGAGCCAUGCACUGGGUCGCGGUCGUCAUGGUGAGCGGUCUCUUCGUGCUCGUCUUUUGCAACACCGUGCUCUUGGUGCAGCGGCUACCGCCUCUUCCGCGCUGCAAGGACCGAGCCAUUCGGGUCAACGCUCCAGGAUUGCUCCUCGGCACGAUGACCCUGGGCACUGUCGUUGCGUGCGGACUCGUUUCGCCCACCGAGGUGCUCUACGAUCCGAUAUUUCAACGCUCGGCGGCGCUGCCUCUACGGCUUCCAUCGACGAACCGGACCUUGGUGACCGGCGCCUACCUCUCGGCGUCGGUCCCCAGCGCAAUCGAGCGCUUGCUCCCAACGAUUCUCGGCGCGUUUGGGUUCUCGCUGCUCUGUAGCGUGCUCGGGCCGAUCGUUCUCCACCGGCAGUGGGUACUCAAUAUGGACUUUUUCCAGCGCAAUCCGUUUUUAGCGACCGAGUUUGUGCCGCAGUACGUCACGUUUUUGCCCGCGUACGAGCACGACUGCAUCAAGUACGGCAACAAGAUCUUUGUCAAGCCCAGCAUGCUGGCGCUCCUCGGGUACGCAAUGCUACGAGAAAAAGUCCCGGACUCCCACCACGUUGUCGUCGUGCAGCCGGCCCACCAAAAACCGACGCCGGCCCCGGUGGCCGUGGCCCUUGUCAGUAUCUACGACUUGGUCGCAUCCAUCUUGCCGCACGCGCUGCAUGCACCGCGCAUUCGGGGGUGGGUCCUCAACUACCAGUUCAAAGCCGCCCCCGCCGGCACGACCUUGACAAAACAUGCCACGUAUCGACCCACCAAAGGCAUGUGUAUUGGGUAA